AUGUAUUUCACCACUUCCCUCGCAGUCUUGGCCCUCACGGCCCUCAGCGCCGCCUCCCCUGCCGCGGACACGGACUCGAAGCGCCAGAACGUUGAGUGGGACUUCAAACUCUUUCAAACCACGGGCUGCACUGGCGCCGCCGACAGAUACAGUGGUGCUGGCGACCAAGCAUGCACUGCAGGCAUUCGAAACGGGAAUGCGCUCGCCUGGAUAAAGACGUUCGUGAGCGCGGACUGCGAAGUCACUUUGUUCAACGACGUAAAUUGUAACAACCUGGUUGACGCUUUUGAUGAGGAGACAGAACCGGAGGAAUGCACCGCCCCUUUCGACGAUGAAGUUAUUGCCGCUUAUGAAGUUGUCUGUGACUAG